AUGGUAAUACCACAUCAUUACUGGUAUGUGAUAACAUCAACUAAUAGUAAAGAAAGAAAAAGAAUCACAGCAAGGUGGGACCUGAAGUUUAGGAGGAGAUUGAGGGCUUGGGAGGAACUUGAAGCUGUAAGACUAAUGGACAAGUUAAAUAGCAAUACCCCAUGUUUGACUGAGAAAGCUGAUGCCUUGGUUUGGAAGGCCUCUUCAAAUGGGUUGUUCAACACUGCUGCUGUCUACAAUAAACUUACUUCUGGGCAGGUUUUACCAGCCACUGAGCUUAUUUGGAAGAACGUGUCGCCACCAAAGGUUAAAUUUUUUUGCUGGCUUGUUUGGAAAGGUAGAAUCAAAUCAAGAGCAUAUCUUCAAAGCUUAGGGCUGAUGGAUCAAAAUACCAGGUCUGAUUGUGUUUUUUGUAAUGAGGAAUUAGAAUCUUUGAACCAUGUUAUGCUUUUAUGUCCUGUUGUUUGGCAAGUAUGGUCAAAUCUACUUAAGUGGUGGGGGAUGCAAUGGGUUUCACCUCAAAGUGUUGUAGGCCUGCUAGAUUGGUGGAGAGGGAUUAAAUGGAGAAAAGUCGAAGGCAUAAUCUGGAAGGUCAUCCCAUUGGCCACUCUAUGGUCUGUUUGGAAGAUGAGGAAUGAGUGUGUGUUUAAUGGGAAACAACCUUUGAUGGUGGAGUUGUUGGAGCUGAUUAAGACAAGAGUCAUAUUAUGGUUUAAAGCUGAGUCAAGGGAUAGUUUCUACUCAGUUCAGGAGCUGGUGUUAAAUUUGCAGCAUGUUAGGCAGAUUCUAUGCUAG